AUGGAAGGCAGGGUGAUAGCAAUAGAGUUUGGUAAGAUUGCCCUUAUUGUGGCAUACUCCCCGGUGGAAAGCAGUUAUGAAGAAGAAACAGAAGCAUUUUAUGAUGGACUGUAUGCAGCUGUAGCAUGGAGCAGAAGGAUGAACAAACAGGAAAUAUUGAUGGGAGAUUUUAAUGCACAUUUAAAAGGCUGAUGAUCGAAAGACACAAACCAAAACGGACACAGACUAAGAACGAUGUGCCUACAGUGAGAUCAAGACUUGCUGCAACUUAACCUCCACUCAGCAGGCAACACUUUCUGUCUGGACUAUGCAGCUGUAAACAGGGGAUUAGCUGAUAAACUUAUAGAUUUUGAUGUGGAUGGGGAUUGCCCGAUUGAAAGUGAUCAUCUACCGAUCACCUUGAAGAUCUGGGACUGGAACACAAGAACAGGGGAACUAAAGAAGAGGAAGCUCCGUGUUGACAGGCUACAAAACCCCAUAUUCCGCAAGCUAUAUCAGAGCGAACUUUAUAGAUAA